AUGGCUCACACCGACGCUAUGCAGGAUAUCUUGCACCUUGAACUCGCCAAUGCGCUGCACAUCAGCACUGAGGAGUUGAACCUCGACCAGUCAUUCCUCGUGCAGGGUGGAGAUUCACUCUCAGCCGUUCAGUUCCUUAGUAAAUGUCGUCUGCGAGGUAUUCACAUUGAUAUCGUGGAUACGGUGCAGUGCAAGACGCUUGCUGAACUUGUUGAACGCAUCAUCUCCAAGCAUGAGAGCAACCCACACAAUCUAAUCCUCAAUGAUCGCAUCGGGAACAGUGAUACGAGUACUUCUUCAUCAAGCUCUGACGAUGCUGCUUCUGCCACGGGGUCUGAUAGCACUGAUACUGUUCCCGAUGCGCGGUUGAAGCAGCUUGCUCAAGAUCCAGCGAGGCAGAUCGAGAGUAUCGGUCCUUGCUCGUCUAUGCAGAAUCGCAUUCUUAUCAGCCAAGCUGUUAACCCAGCUGCAUACCAAUGCCGCUUUAUCCUCAGGAUCAAGUCAAGUGUACCAGACUCUUUGACGGCUUCACAUAUCGCGAAUGCAUGGCCUCGCAUCGUUGCACGCCAUUCAAGUCUGCGAACGACCUUUCUUGAGAGUGAGACUCGUCAGUCAACAUUUGACCAAGUUGUCUGGACAGAAGUCAACCCCAAAGUCACCAUCCUCCAAGACGAAGCCCAAGUCAAAGCCGACGGCAUGCUCAACUCGUUUGAGAGCGGCAGUGUUCCCCAUCACAUGUACAUCUACGCUGCAUCCCCUUCAGAACUUAUCCUUAGACUUGAAGUCUCACACGCCGUCAUCGACGGUCGCUCUGCAGAUGUUCUCCUCUAUGAUCUCUGCGCAGCAUACGAGAACCAACUCCCCGACACAAAAGCCAUGCCUUACACAGACUUUGUGCGCAUGGAGGAGGAGAGUUUCCAAGAUGUUGAGCGCAUUGCAGAGUAUUGGCAAAAUUACCUCCGUGAUGCUGAGGAGACGUAUCUUGCAAGCGUGGGCAAUAAGCCAAAAGCUGGCCUUCACACACUCCAAGACCGCGUUGACAUUCCAGCUGACGAAGCUCGUCGCUUCUGCGAUGCCUACGGUGUCACCCUCGUGAGCGUCUGUCAAGUUGCAUGGAGUAUCGUUCUUCGUCUCUUCGCCAUGAAAGACGACGUGACCUUUUCCUACGUUAAUUCCGGUAGACAGACGGAUCUGCCUGGAAUUGACGGAGCAAUCGGUCUUUUCAUCAGCAGUUUGCUACUGCGGGUCAAGUUCAAAGACGACCCUACGGUCUUGGACAUGCUCAAGACUGUGACAGACGAUGUUUUCCGAGGAAUGGCGCACGAUAAGGUCCCGUUGAUGGCCAAGGGAGCCAAGCUUCCUACGAGCCAUAAAUGGGGAAACUCGAUUCUUUCGUUCCGAAAGGAGUGGAAGCCCAAGUCUACUGGGCAUAAAGAGCUGGAGAUGAGCUUUUUGCGAGGUGUUAGCCCUACAGACUAUGAUCACUCCAUUAAUGUCGAGAUCGGCGAAGGCGGCAUCGCUGUUGAUUACGAUAUCUGGACAUCAACGACCAACCAAGCAGACGCCGCCAAGAUGCUAAAUUGCUUCCUCGAAGCAAUCCGCUUUAUCAUCGCCAACCCAUCCGCCAAAGUCAACUCCUUCGACGGCAUCUCCUCCAAAGACGCCCAGCAUCUUCGCGACGUCAAUGGCGAAGGCCGACGAGCCGUUGCUUCGUGCAUACACACGCUUGUUCAAGAGGUGACGGACCGUCAGCCUGAUGCUAUGGCCGUGUAUGCCUGGGAUGGAACCAUGACGUACCGAGAGCUUGACAUUGCGGCGAGUAGUCUUGCAGAGCACCUUAUGAAGAUGGACAUUGGGCCGGAGGUUAUGGUGGGCAUUUGUAUGGAUAAGUCGCGGUGGGCAACUGUCUCUAUGCUCGCUGUUUUAAAGUCCGGUGGAAUUGUUCUUCCUCUCGGCGCAGAUCAGCCUCUCUCCCGUCUCCAAACCAUCCUCUCCGACACAAAAGCCCCCAUCAUCCUCGUCGACAACGCUCAGCUCGACCGCCUCAAGGAUCUCGGUCCCCAACAACUCAUCGAAGUCAACGAAGCUCUCUUCCAAACCUUGCCCACCGCUUCUCGCUCUGCUUGUACCACUGUUUCUACAGACAACGCUGCUUGGGUCGUCUACACGUCCGGCAGCACAGGUACACCAAAGGGUGUAGUCCUGCAACAUUCUGCUCUCUGCACGAGCAUUACAUCGCAUGGAACUGCCUUUGGCGUCAAGGGAGCGCGCGUACUUCAAUUCGCUUCUCACACGUUCGACGUGACGAUCCAAGAGGUCUUUACCACGUUAUGUAUGGGAGGCUGCGUCUGCGUACCUUCAGAAGAUGAUCGCGUCAACCAUCUCCAAGCCUUUAUCUCCUCCGCCAAAGUGGACUUCCUCUCCCUGACAUCCACUGUCGCCGGUCUUCUCGACCCCUCUCAACUUCCACAGAUCAAGACUGUGAUCCUCAUGGGCGAACCCGUCAAACCCGCUGUUCUCGAUAUGUGGAAAGACCAAGCCUCCGUUCUCGAAUCCUACGCCCCAUCCGAGUGCAGUAUCUACGCUACUGUAUCCCCCCAGCCAAUGAAGCACAUCUCUCAGGUCUCUGUUCUGGGCAUUCCGCUGGCGAGUUGUUUCUGGGUCGUUGAUCCCAAGAAUUACAAUCGGCUGUGUCCUAUUGGCGCGCCGGGAGAACUGCUCAUCGAAGGCCCGCUUCUUGCCAGGGGGUAUUUGAACGAUGAGGUCAAGACGAACAAGUCGUUUAUUGUCGAUCCCGAGUUUGUGGGCAAGUAUGAUCUUGGGAGCAAUCGACGGAUGUACAAGACUGGUGAUCUGGUGAGGCAGAAUGAUGAUGGGUCGUAUACGACAUUGGGACGUCAGGAUACGCAGAUCAAGAUCCGUGGACAGAGAGUUGAGGUUGAUGAGAUUGAGUAUCACAUCACGCGUCAUCCUUCUUGCAUCCAGGCUGUUGUUCUCUACGUCCAUGGUCAGCUCGUCGCGGCGUUUAGUCUUCCCAGCGAUGGUGCUGCGUACAGCGGCGCAGCAUUAGACGGAGAGAACGCUGUCGACAAACCAGCUGCCAUGCUCGUCGCUUCCGAGGUCCAACUCUACCUGUCGCAGUAUGUCCCAGACUACAUGAUUCCGCGACUCUGGAUCCCCAUGGCAAGCUUGCCCAUCAAUUCAUCCGGAAAAGCUGAUCGACGUCGCAUCUCCGAAUGGAUCAAGAACCUUGACUUGUCUUCCUACUCUGACCUCGAGCACCAAGUCGAAGACGGGCUCCAAGUAACAUCCACUGAGCGACAGCUCCGAGAAAUCUGGAGCACCGUCUUGAACAAGCCCAUCAGCCACAUCAGCUACCGUCGUUCAUUCCUCUCCCUCGGCGGCGACUCCAUCACAGCGAUGCAAGUCGUUUCAGCCUGUCGCAAGCAAGGCCUCGUCGUAACCGUGCGACAGAUCCUCCAGAGCCCAGCUAUCUCCGAGCUUGCUCUACGAGUUAAAGAGGCAAGCGACAAAAUGGGCGACGAGCAGCUCCCCAUUGAGAUCCCCGAUGAGCCCUUUGAUCUCUCGCCCGCGCAGAAAAUGUUCUUCCAGGACAUUGCUCCCUCGGGCCUACGAGCAGAUGGACCUCAUCGCUUCAAUCAGAGCGUCUGCUUCCGCAUUCCCCAGGACAUUGCGGCGAAUACUGUUACUCGUGCAAUUGAGGCCAUGGUCACCAAGCAUGCUAUGCUUCGCGCGCGCUUCCAGACUGAUCAGGACAACAGUCAGGGCUGGCAGCAGCGUGUUGAGAAGCAGAUUAUGGGGUCGUAUCGCUUCCAGACUCACAACGUGGCCGACGAUGCUGCGACGGAGGACAUUAUCCGUCACUCGCAAGGGUCUUUGGACCUUGAGUACGGACCUGUUUUCGCUGUUGACGUGUUUGAGAUGGAGGAUGCUCAGCUGGUCAAUUUGACUGCGCACCAUCUUGUUAUCGAUCUCAUGUCCUGGCGAAUUCUCGCAGCUGAUCUAGAGCACUUCUUGCGCUUUGAGACGCUACAGCCUUCUUUGUCGCUGCCUUUCCCAACUUGGUCCAAGGCGAUUAUGAAGCAGGCCAAGACUGUUGCAGCGCCUGAGGAGAGCGACGUCGGAUCCUGGUCUUAUUGGAGUCUUGAGCCUGGCUCUUUUGUUCGACAAGACCAGAUCGUUGAGACUCUGGCUAUUGACGCAGACACCAGCGCUCAAUUGCUAGGUCCAGCGAAUGAGUCUUUGCAAACUGGUGUCACGGACAUUCUCCUCGCUGCUCUACAUCAGUCUUUCGCACAGGUCUUUACCGACCGACCAGGACCUACGAUCCACGUUGAAGGCCAUGGCCGAGAUGCAGGCGGUGAUGUCUCCGAGACAGUCGGUUGGUUCACCACCGUAACACCUCUCAAAGUCACCGACACCAACACUGGCUUCAUCUCCAUCCUCCAACAAGUCAAGGACUUCCGCAAACUCAACGCUGAUACCACCGCCCUCGAUUUCGCAGCCAAGUACAAGUCGCCCUCCCCCCAGAACCUCAUUGAAAUCCUCUUCAACUACCACGGCCAAUUCCAACAACUCGAUCGCGCAGAUGGUCUUCUCAGCAUCCACAAGCUUCACUCCUCCGAGACUUCAAUAGGCGACAAAGUACGACAACAAGCCGCCAUCACAAUUGAGGUCUCCGUCGAAGCUGGCCGUGUUUGUAUGAGUGUCGGUUUCAGUCGUCGCACGCCAAAGGGCGAUGAUGUGCGACGAUGGUUACAGCGAUAUGGAGAGGUCAUCACCUCUGCGGUAAGUGAACUAAUGAGUACAGAACGAACGGCCACAGCGAGCGAUUAUCCGCUUUCGCAUUUGAGUAGCACCGACCUUGUUGCGCUGAAAAAGCAUAUUCUUGAACCGACGAGCAUUGGCUGGGAUGCUGUUGAGGAUAUACUUCCUUGUUCGUCUACACAGCAGGGUAUUUUCAUCAGUCAAUUGAAGUCGCCGACUACAUAUCGAUUGAGACAGACGUGUCGCGUCAUACCCACUGCCUCCCACGGUGUUGAUGUCAAGAGACUCGGAGAUGCCUGGCGACAAGUCGUCAGCAAUCACACCAUCAUGCGCACCAUCUUCACCAUGAUCCCCUUCAACGACCGGUUCUACCAAGUCGUUCUCAAGUCCGUCAAGCCCGACAUUCGCUUCAUCACCUGCUCUUCCGAGACAGAGGUCCAAGAGUGUAUUGCAAGCCAUGCGCUUAUGGAGGAUCAUCUCGGUCGCCCAUCUCAUCGCUUCUUGGUCAUCUCAACAGAAGACGGCCAUGUCUACGGACACUUUGAGAUUAGCCACGCACUCGUUGACGCAUCAUCUGUUCAACUCCUCGUCAACACCCUCCUCCAAGCCUACGAAGGCGCUACAAACAUAUCUGGCUCUGACUACAGCACUUACAUCUCGUUCCUAGAGCAAGGCUCCGAGGAAGAUGACCUCCGCUACUGGGAGAAGCGUCUAGCCACCGUUGAACCCUGCCAACUCCAACUCGGCGAGGAUCUCACCACCUCUGAAGAAGACACAGGCCAUUCUGUGUCUACCGCAAUGCAGGACAUGAGCACCCUGCAGAAACUCUGCCAAUCCAACGACAUCACCCCCGCCAACGUCCUCCAACUCGCCUGGGCUCUCGUCCUCUCGUCCCGCACGCAGCUUGAUCAAGUGUGUUUCGGCUAUCUCUCCAGUGGACGCGACAUUCCCAUCGACGGGGCAGAUACCCUCGUUGGACCGAUGAUCAACAUGAUCGUGUGCAACAUUGCCCUCGAUUAUUCUCAAAGCUGUGUUGAUGCGAUGAAGGAUAUACAAGAUCGCUUCCUCGAUAGCUUUGAGCAUCAGCGCGUUUCGUUGGCUACCAUUCAGCACUCGCUAUCAAGUUCUCAACAAUCCCUCUUCAACACGACUGUGUCUUACGUUCGAGCUCCCAAUCUGAGUGGCGGGGCGCGCAACAUCCAGUCAAUUCGCUUGGAGAGGAUUGCAGCUGAUGAGUCUACCGAAUAUGACUUCAAUCUCAGCAUGUUAGAGACCGAGAGCGGUAUAGACAUCGCACUGCAGUACCUCCCCGGCGCCGCUUCCACAAAGACAGCCCAGCGUCUUCUCAACCACCUCAAGCAUGUUGUCCAGGUUCUCAGCACCAGCGAGACUACAUCCCUUCUCGGCGAUCUCAAUCUCGUCCCCGCUGAAGAUAAGCAGCUCAUCACCGCCAUCAACAGCGAGGUGCCAAAGUCUCUCGACUCCUGCGUCCAUCUGCUCGUCCAGGAAAUGACCAAUUGCCAACCCAACGCUCUCGCCUUCCAAGCAUGGGACGGGUCAAUGACCUAUCGUGAACUCGACCUUGCUGCUAGCACCCUAGCCAAACACCUCGUGGCAACCCUCAACAUUGGGCCGGAAGUCAUGGUCGGUAUCUGCAUGGACAAGUCAAUCUGGGCAGCCAUGUCAAUGCUCGCAGUCCUCAAAGCAGGCGGUGUCGUCCUUCCACUAGGCGUCCAGCAGCCUCUUUCUCGACUUCAGACAAUACUAAGAGAUACACAAGCUUCUGUGAUCCUCGUUGACGCGAAGCAGAAGGCUCGUCUAGCUGGUGUGGACUCCGAACUCAUUGAGGUCAACCGCCCGUUCAUGGAUGGUCUCGUCCCUGCUGAGUUCGGGUUCUCGAAUCCCGCUGUGCAGCCUGAUAACGCGGCUUGGGUAGUAUACACCUCCGGAAGCACUGGUGUGCCCAAGGGUGUUGUGCUGCAGCACUAUGCGCUGUGUACGAGUAUGCGAUCUCACGGUGCGGCAUUCAGCCUAGUUCCGUCGUCUCGUGUCUUGCAGUUUGCGGCGUACACUUUUGAUGUUACGAUCCAAGAGACGUUUACGACGCUGUAUUAUGGAGGCUGUGUGUGCAUUCCUUCAGAGGAAGAGCGUCUCAAUGACCUGGAGGGAUGCAUCGUGUCAAUGGACGUCAACUUCGUCUCCCUCACGUCAACAGUCGCCGGCUUGUUAUCGCCGUCCAAGAUGCCGCUGGUCAAGACCCUCAUCCUCAUUGGCGAGCCAGUCAAGCCUUCAGUAUUGGAUCUCUGGAUGCCACAGGCAGCAUGCUUGGAUGCAUAUGGACCAUCAGAGUGCAGUAUCCAGAGCGCCAUCUCCCCCGAACCAAUGACCGACCGUCGUCAAGCCAUGAUCUUGGGCACACCGUUAGAGUCCUGCCGCUUCUGGGUCGUUGACUACCGCGACUACAACAAGCUGUGCCCCGUCGGUGUACCAGGUGAACUGCUCAUUGAAGGCCCUCACCUCGCACGCGAAUAUCUCAACGACGCCACCAAGACCGCCAACUCUUUCAUCACCGACCCUGCUUUCCUUGCCGAUCUUGGUAUUCAGUCUACGGGCCGUCGUAUGUAUCGCGCCGGUGAUUUGGUGCGACAGAACGACGAUGGGACAUACUCCAACCUAGGCCGACGCGAUCAACAGAUCAAGAUUCGCGGCAAGCGUGUUGAAGUCGGCGAGAUUGAGUAUCACAUCUCACGCCAUUCCUCCGGCAUUCGUGCCUGUGUCGUCUUUACCACCAGAGGAUCCAGUGAUGGUCAGCUCGUCACAGCAUUCAGUGUUCCUCACGAUGACAAGGCUGCGCAUGACGAGACAGCGUACAACGGCAUCUCAGGCCGUGAUGGGAUUGACACAACAGCUGCACUGCUUCUCGCCUCUGAGAUCCAGAUGUACCUCUCCCAGCACAUCCCCGAUUACAUGAUUCCUCGUCUUUGGAUCCCAAUGACUACACUGCCAAUUAACUCCUCCGGCAAAGCUGAUCGCCGAGCUGUUAUGGAGUGGAUCAACAGUCUCAACCCAACAGAGCUGGCUUCAUACUCCGAGCUUGAGAGCGCUGCCGAAGAAGCUAAUCUCAACGUGACUCCCACCGAGCAGAAGCUUCGCGAGAUCUGGAGCUCAGUUCUCAACGUUCCAAACGUCAGCUACAGAAGAUCCUUCAUGUCGCUAGGCGGUGACUCCAUCACUGCUAUGCAAGUCGUCUCUGCGUGCCGUGAGAUUGGACUGGUCGUUACUGUUCGCGACAUUCUUCAGAGCCCUGCUAUAUCCGACCUUGCCACACGCGUCAAGGCUAGUGAUGGUGAGGUCUUCUCCGCUGAGAUCCCAGAUGGCCCGUUUGAGCUAUCGCCUGCUCAGAAGAUGUUCUUUGAGGACAUUGCGCCCGCUGGACUCAGCUCGGAAGGAUCUUACCGUUUCAAUCAGAGCGUUUGCUUCCGUCUUCAAUCAGAGGGACACAUCAACGAGGAGUCUGUCGCUAAGGCCAUCGAGGCUGUUGUGACAAAGCACGCUAUGCUUCGCUCUCGCUUCGUGUCCCAAGAGCAUGGAUACCAACAGUGGAUUGAGAAGCAAGCCCCUGGUUCAUACAGGUUCAAGUCCCACAACGCCAACGAUGAUACCGCCGUGCAAGCGAUCAUGCUCGAGUCACAGAGAACCCUCGAUCUCGAACACGGCCCUGUCUUUGCAGCCGAGUUCAUACAGGCUCCAGAUCGCCAGCUUCUCUUCUUGACUGCCCACCAUCUCGUUAUUGAUCUCAUGUCAUGGCGAAUCAUCGCCAAGGACUUGGAGCAGGUUCUUCAGAGUGGUUCCAUGGUUACGUCGCAGUCUCUGCCUUUCCCGACGUGGAGCAACGCUGUUCUCCAGCAGGCUCAGUCAAUUGACUCAGUUACUGAGGCUGAUAGCACUGCUUCGUGGUCUUAUUGGGGUCUUCAGCCGGGCGAGUACAUUACUGAAGAUCAGGUCUUUGAGACUGUUCAAUUGGAUGAGAAGGUCACCUCUAAACUUAUUGGUCCCGCCAACGAGCCCUUGCGCUCUGGUGUCGCAGACAUCCUCCUCGCCGCCCUAUCAACUUCUUUCCGCCAUACCUUCACAGAUCGUUCCGGCCCAUCAAUCUUUACCGAAGGCCACGGCCGCGACACCCAAGCUCUGGACGUCAACUACGAUCUCUCCGACACAGUCGGAUGGUUCACAACCGUCACGCCCCUCAACAUCUCCGACGACAACACCUUUAUCUCAACUCUACGCCAAGUCAAGGAUCUUCGCAAACUCAACUCCGGUCGUGAAGUCCUCGACUUUGCAUCCCAGCGCUCUAGACCAAUUGAAAUCCUCUUCAAUUACCACGGUCAAUUCCAGCAACUCCAGCGCUCAGACGGUCUUCUCACCCUCGACAAGCUUCAUCAAUCUGUUGGACAGCUUGAUGCUUCUGUUGGUGGCAAGGUUCGUCAACAUGCUGCUCUCAGCGUUGAAGUCUCGAUUGAUCAUGCGGGCAAGACGCAUCUCAUGGUUGGAUACCCUCGACAAAGUCCCAAGAGUCAAGCUAUUCGCGAUUGGCUUGUGGAGUAUGCACGUGCUAUCACGCAGGGUGUUCAAGAACUUGUUGUCGCUGAGCCGAUGUGUACGAUCAGUGACUUCCCUCUCGCUCAAUUGACCAACGAUGAUCUCGACACGCUGUAUCAGUACUGUCUCACGCCGGGUUCCAUCUCGUGGGCGAAUGUCGAGAACGUUCUUCCUUGUUCGCCGAUCCAACAGGGUAUUCUUCUCAGUCAAUUGAGAGCUCCCUCCCGCUAUCGUCUCAAGCAGACCUGUCGCAUUCUCCCUGCCGAUCCAUCAUCACCUGUGGACAUUGCGCGACUCGCAAAUGCCUGGCGACAAGUCGUUGGUCAGCAUUCCAUCAUGCGAACCAUCUUCACUGGCGCCUUGUCUCACCACGAUCGUUUCUAUCAAGUCGUUCUCAAGGCGCUGGAAGUUGACAUUCAGAUCAUUAAGCCAUGUUCCAGCGAUGAAGAAGUCCAGCGCUUCAUCAAACACCACGCUCUACUUCAUGAUCCCGUUGGUCGUCCUUCGCACCGCUUCCUCAUCAUUCCUACUGUCGAUGGUCAUGUUUUCGGGCAUUUUGAGAUCAGUCACGCUCUCGUCGAUGCUUCUUCCGUCCAACUCCUCGUGAACGACCUUCUCGAAGCUUACGAGUCUCUAUCUCCCACCAAGACAUCAAUCUCUCUGUCGCGCACCUCGGACUACGGCAGCUACGUCUCCUUCCUUGAGCAGCACCGCAACUCUGAACAAGAGGACCUACAAUACUGGAAAGAUCUUCUCGAGACUGCCGAGCCAUGUCAUCUCCAACUCGGCCAACAACAGCCCGACACCUCGGAGAUGGAGACGGGCCAUGCUGUUACAGCUCACAUGCCCGACAUCUCUGUCCUUCGCGACAUGUGUCGCAACUACAACGUCACUGCGGCAAACGUAGCCCAAUUAGCUUGGGCUUUGGUAUUAGCCUCUCGCGUGGAAUUAAACCAGAUUUGCUUCGGAUAUCUUUCUAGCGGUCGUGAUAUUCCGAUCGAUGGCGUUGAGAGGCUCGUUGGACCUAUGAUCAACAUGAUGAUCUGUUAUGUCCAAUUGGACUACACCUCCACGGCCGUUGAUGUGAUCCGACAGAUUCAAGACCGUUUCUUCAAAGGCUUUGAUCACCAGCGUGCUUCUCUAGCCUCAAUCCAGCACUCUCUUCAAGGAACACAGCAGCAAACGCUCUUCAACACUACCGUCUCAUAUACCCGCGCACUAAAUAUGGACGGCGCGACAGCGAAUAACUCUAUCAAGCUUGAGCGCGCAUCAGCCGAUGAGUCAACUGAGUAUGACUUCAAUCUGAGUAUCCUCGAAAAUGACCAGAGUCUUGAUCUGGUUCUUCAGUACAUCCCCGGCGUCGCAAGCCACGAAGUCGCCCAGCGUCUGCUGAACCAGCUGAAGCACGUCAUCCAAGUCCUCAGCCAACACACCAAAUCUACUCUCGCUGAUCUAGACAUCGUACCAACGGAAGAGAAGCACGCUAUUGUCGCUCAGAACAGGGAGGUUCCUAAGCCCGUUGCUUCAACCAUCCACGCUUUAUUUCAUGAGGUUUACGAGCGUCGACCAGAUGAGAUGGCCGUCUACGCAUGGGACGGUAUCAUGACAUUCCGCGAGUUAGAAGUCGCUUCUGGCAAUCUCGCUGGACAUCUCAUGGAUCUCGGUGUCGGCCCUGAGAUCAUGGUUGGUAUAUGCAUGGACAAAUCCCGCUGGGCUGUUGUCGCGAUGUUAGCUGUGCUCAAGGCAGGUGGUGUUGUCCUCCCCAUGGGCGUGCAGCAGCCAUUGCCCCGAGUACAGACCAUCAUCACCGAUACCAAAGCCCCAAUCAUCCUCGUCGACGACAAACAACUUGAGCGUCUUGCAGAGACAGGUCCCCGUCUCAUCAAAGUCGACGCUGCACUUCAAAGCACCCUCAAGCCCAGCUCAGCAGUCUGCUCUACCGUCACCACCGACAACGCCGCUUGGGUAGUCUACACCUCCGGAAGCACAGGAACACCCAAGGGCGUCGUUCUUCAGCACUCGGCUCUGUGCUCUAGCAUUCGUUCCCACGGCGACGCGUUUGGUGUUCGUGAUGGAUCAAGGGUUCUUCAAUUCGCGGCGCAUACCUUUGACGUCACGAUUCAAGAAGUUUUCACAACGCUUUGCCAGGGCGGAUGUACUUGUAUUCCCUCUGAAGACGAGCGCAUCAAUCACCUACAGCCCUUCAUCGCGAAGGCAGAGGCCAAUUUCUUAUCCCUCACCUCGACAGUCGCAGGCCUAUUGGAUCCUGCGCAGCUCCCGCUCGUCAAAACAGUUAUCCUCAUGGGAGAGCCCGUCAAACCAGCAGUCAUGGACUUGUGGAAGGAUCAAGCUGUCGUGUUGGAGUCAUAUGCGCCCUCAGAAUGUUCCAUCUACGCGACCGUUUCUCCAAGACCCAUGAGACAUAUCAGCCAGGUUCCUGUGCUGGGUAUCCCACUCGCCAGCUGCUUCUGGGUCGUCGAUCCAAAGGACUUCAACCGUCUUGUUCCCAUCGGUGCGCCCGGCGAGUUACUCAUCGAGGGGCCACUGUUAGCACGCGGCUACCUCGGUGACGAAGAGAAGACAGCGAAAUCAUUCUUGAUUGACCCUGACUUCACUAAGCAUCAUGGUCUUCAGCCUGGAAGAAGGAUGUACAGGACAGGUGAUCUCGUCCGACAAAACAGUGACGGCUCGUAUACCACGCUUGGCCGAAGAGAUACACAGAUCAAGAUCCGUGGUCAACGUGUUGAGUUUGGCGAGAUUGAAUACUGGGUUGUGCGAUCAGCAUCUGAGAUUUCUCAAGCGGCUGUCAUGCUUCUCGAUGGUCCUGUCGGUCAAUCUUCAGUGCUGGCUGUAGCGCUGGAAAUUGCCGAUGGCGGAGAAAACAGCGCUGUGGAUAAUAAUCUGCAGGGCUUGUCGCAGGCUGAUUUACUGGAGCCCACCAUCGCCAUGCGAGAGUCAUUCGAGGAAGUCCGGGGACAUCUCAUUUCUGUUCUUCCGCGAUACAUGGUCCCUGAUAUUUUCAUCCCCAUGUCUCGACUACCUCUCAACUCUUCAGGGAAACUUGACCGCCGAGCGAUUGACUUGUUCCUGAAGGGCAUGAAGCCAGAAGAGCUCGAUGUUUACCGUCCCAACGCAGCGGCCAAGGCAGAUGUAUCUACCGAGACCGAACGACAGCUCCAACAGCUCUGGGCUAGCGUUCUCGGAAGACCAGCCAACACCGUCGGCGCCAAGGACAGCUUCUUCCAUCUCGGCGGAGACUCCAUCACCGCGAUGCGUCUCGUCGAAGCAUCGCGCAGCACAAACAUGCUCCUCCGUGUCGCCGACGUCUUUGAACAUCCUCGUCUCUCCGAACUCGCUAGCAUUCUCGACUCUAGGAUGGCUGAGGGUCACGAGCAAUCUUCGCUAGCGUCAAUCCCGGCACCAUUUUCUCUCUGGCCCGAACACGGCGCCGAGAAAGAAGUGGGUCUCCGGGCCGAGAUUGUGGAGCGGUGCGGUGUCAUGGCGGAGCAGAUUGAGGAUGUUUAUCCGUGCACGCCACUUCAAGAGGGAUUGCUUAUUGCGACUGCUCGGCAGCCGAGUGCGUAUAUCAGCCGAAGGAUCUUUUCUUUGAGUGAUGAGAUCAACGUGGCGAGACUGCAGACUGCUUGGCAGAAGAUGGCUGAGGCGGCGCCUGUUUUACGAACCCGUAUCAUACUGGGUCUUGCCUCUGGCUCAAUGCAAGUUGUUGUGAAUGAACCGCUCGAAUGGCAUACUGCCUCUUCACUGGAAGAGUACAUCGACCAUGACAGUGCGUUAAGCAUGGCAGAAGGCAAACCCCUCAUGCGCUUUGGUAUCAUCGAGUCCAAUGGCGAACGUCUUCUCGUCUGGACAGCUCACCACAGCGUCUACGACGGCUGGAGCUUAACAAUGAUGUAUCGCCAAGUCUCCAACAUGUACUGGCAUGACGCGACACCGCUCUCAGCACCAUACACGCCUUUCAUCGCCUAUCUCGGCCAAGCUGAUGCUACCAAAGCAGCGAGCUAUUGGCGCGAACAGCUUCAGGGUAACCCGACUGCAUUCCCUGCUCUGCCCUCUGUGCGAUACCAGCCUCAGCCGCGACAGAAACUUGUGCAGAGCCUUGACUUUGUGAGACAAGCAAAGUCUGAGGUUUCGCUGUCGAAUCUUCUUCGCGCUGCUUGGGCGCUUAUGGUUGCGAGGUAUUCGGGGAGCAAUGAUGUUGUUUUUGCGGUGACGCUUUCGGGGCGGAAUGCGCCCGUUGAUGGGAUUACUGAGAUGCUUGCGCCGACUAUCACCACUGUUCCCAUGAGGGUGCGCAUCGACUCAUCCACUACCGCUCGCGAGUUUCUUCAGGCUGUGCAGCAACAGGCAACAGACAUGAUUCCAUUUGAGCACACAGGUCUGCAGCGCAUUGCCGAACUUGUCCCCGAUGCAGCUGCUGCCCUCGACAUGCAGCACCUCUUCGUCGUCCAGCCUGCGGCAGAUAGUGACAAUGCAUUGAUCGAGUUCCCUGGUCUCGUACAUCAACAGGACAUGUCAGAGCAAUUCGAUGACUAUGCACUCACCGUGGAGUGUAGCAUUGGAUCAAAGGGCAUCUCAAUUGAGUCGCGAUUCGACGACGCAGUCAUCUCAACAGCUCAGAUGCAGCGCAUGUUGCAGUCCUUCGCCCAUAUCGCGAGCCAAUUGGAGCAAGCCGAGAGUGCACAUGAGGCCACCAGUAUUUCAGACUUGGAUGCAUUGAGUCCCCAAGACCUGGAUCGCAUUCUCUCUGUCAACAGCGGCCCCAUCCCCAGCGUUGAGCGCUGUGCACACGACCUCAUCUUCGACAUGGUUUCCCACCAACCUGAUGCAACAGCCAUUAGUGCAUGGGAUGGCACCUUUACUUACAAGCAACUCAAGCAUCUCUCCGGCAAACUCUCCGAUCAUCUCGUCAGUCUCGGGGUUCGCCACGGUACUAGUGUUGGAGUGUGCAUGGAUAAAUCGCAAUGGGCUGCCGUUUCAAUGCUAGCGAUCUUACGCGCCGGCGGAGUUGUUGUUCCACUGGGGGUACAGCUCCCUCUUGGUCGUAUCAAGCUCAUUGUUGAUGAUGCGAAAGUCAGCGUUGUACUGGCUGACCAGAAACAAACAGAGCGACUGGCUGGUUUGGGCCUAGAGAUGUUUACUGUUGACGAGUCGCUGCGCAAGCGAGUUUCUUUCAGUGAUGUUGGUAUCCCAGACAAAUGGUACACUCGCGUCACUGAGAUCAACGUCAAUCAGCCAGCCUGGAUCGUGUAUACCUCUGGCAGUACAGGUACACCAAAGGGCGUGGUUCUUACUCAUGCCGGUAUCUCGUCGAGCCUGGACAGUCAGAAGAAGGUCUUUGGUCUAAGCAAAAUGUCACGAGUGCUUCAAUUCGCAGCACAUACCUUCGAUGCUGCUAUCCAAGAGAUCUUCACCACGCUGUAUGCUGGAGGGUGUGUCUGUGUGCCAUCUGAGGAUGAGAGGAUGAGCGAUCUGCAGCAUUUCAUCAUCGAAAGGGCGGUAAACUUCCUGUCCAUCACACCCACAGUUGCUGAGCUACUGAAGCCAUCUCAGCUGCCCAACAUCAACACUGUGGUCUUACUCGGUGAACCUGUCAAGCCGUCAGUUCUUGACCUGUGGAUGGACCAUCACGCGGACAUUAUUGGCGGAUACGGCCCAACCGAAUGUUCCAUCUACGCCAUCGUGUCCGCGUCUCCAUUCACAGACAGGAAGCAAGCCAACAUUCUCGGCGCUCCUUUACCAAGCUGUCGUGUCUGGAUCGUUGACCCUGAUGACUACAACAAACUCUGCCCAAUUGGCGCCCCUGGUGAGCUUCUCAUUGAAGGUCCCCAGGUCUCGCAGGGCUAUCUGAACGAUGCAGCCAAAACAGAUGGCGCGUUCAUCACAGACCCCGGCUUCACUAACGACGAUGGUACAUACACCAAUCUCGGUCGUCGGGAUACCCAAGUCAAGAUUCGUGGUCAGAGAAUUGAGUUGGGAGAGAUUGAGUACGCAGUGCUACAAUCGUCGGAGGACAUUGGAUCAGCAGCGGCUGUGUUUGUCAAGAGGGAGGAUAGACCUACGAUUGCAGUGGCCGUGGAAGUUGGCGAGGGACAGGUUGGAGAUGGAGUAUUGGCUCCGUCAGAGACGCUACGAAAAGCGUCGGAAGAGAUUCGUUUCAAGCUCGCCGAGGUCUUACCUCAGUACAUGAUUCCAGAUUUCUUCAUCCCUAUGGGUAAAUUGCCGGUGAACUCAUCAGGCAAGCUUGACCGUCGGGCGAUUACUGCGGUGCUGGAGGAUAUGGAUGACAACAAAUUGGAGGAGUAUCGCCUUACGACUGGUGCUCAAUUGGUUCCUGUCACCACGGACAUGGAGAAACAACUUCAACAGCUCUGGAGUCAAGUGCUCCGACGACCUGCGGAGUCAAUCGGCGCGAGCGACAACUUCUUCCAUCUCAACGGAGACUCACUCGCUGCUAUUCAGCUCGUCGCUGCUGCAAGAGCAGUUGAUCUCAAGAUGACCGUCGCUCAGAUCUUCCAGAGCCCUGUCUUGAAAGAUCUUGCGACACAUCUAGAGCAAGCUUCGCAUUCACGCGAAACGACAAGCCAUCGUGUUGAGGAAGUCGACGAAGCAACACAAGCCGCGAUCAAGGCUUCCCUCCCCGGCCGCUUCAACGUUGAGAAGAUCCUUGAGACAACCGAGUUCCAAUCUCUUGCUCUGCACGAACAUACACAGGAUCGAUGGCUCAUGCACGCGACAGUCACAUAUAACCAAAAAGUCGACAAGCAGCGUGUCCACACUGCGCUCCAAACCACAGUCGCCAAGAACGAAAUCCUCCGAACAGUCUUCACCCAGCACGCUGCAAAGUCCUACCAAGUCAUUCUCGACAACUUCACCGUUCCCUUCGAAGAACGCAUCGCCUCCACUGAUCUCUCCACGUUCUGUAAAUCCCUCAUCCAAGAAGAUCAGAAAAAACAGCUUGAGCUUCACGAACCCCCCUUCAAGGCAUGGUUCGUCCAAGGCGAGCACAAGGACAGUCUUGUGAUUAGGAUCUCCCACGCACAGUACGACGGUAUGUCGUUGCCGAUUUUCUUCCAGCAGCUUCAGGCGUGGGGUGAGGCGGAUGUUGAGGUUGAGGCGCCGCGACAGAUGUCGUAUUACAUUGAUGCGCUAAGGGCGAUUGACACGAAGCCUGCGAUAAAGUAUUGGGGUGAUUUGCUGGAGGGCUCGAGGAUGACUUGUCUGCCUGGUACUUCGCAAACAAGAAAUGCUAUGACAGGCUCUUAUAUCGUCAAGACGGUGGCCUCACCAAAGGUUGAAGGGUCGGGUCUCACGGUAUCAUCAUACCUCAAGGCUGCAUGGGCAAUGGUCCUCGCCAAAGCAACAGGGACAUCCGACGUUGUAUUCGCCCACCUCGUCUCAGGCCGCUCCCUACCAAUCGACGACAUCGAGAAAGUCAACGGUCCAUGCGUCAACCUUAUCCCCAUCCGCGUCAACACCGCUCAACCCCAAGGCACCAUUCUACAACAGGUCCACCAGCAGCACAUCUCAGCCUUACCACACGAACAUCUCGGCUGGGAGACCAUUUUCCGCCAGUGCACAAACUGGCCUACUUCCGCAGACGUAGCUCGCUUCUCUUCUAUUCUUCAGUAUCAGAAUCUGCCUGAGGCUCAGAAGAGCUUUGGUAUGCAUGGCGCUGAGUGUAGUGUUGACUAUACUGUUGUGCCGCCUGAUGUUACGGAUGUUUGGGUUACGGUUGAGCCGAAGGGUGGUGAGAUGAGUAUUGUGGCGGGAUACUCGGAGGAGGUCAUUGCUUCGGAGGUGGUGGAGGGAUUGAUGGAAGAUCUUUGUAAGGUGUUGAAGAGUAUUGAGGCGUGA